CAUUAAGACGUUCAGCUCCAAAAAAAAAAAAAAACCUUGUUAGUAGCAACCAUGUCUGGAAGAGGCAAAGGCGGUAAAGGGCUCGGAAAAGGAGGCGCCAAGCGUCACCGUAAAGUUCUGCGCGAUAACAUCCAGGGAAUCACCAAGCCCGCCAUCCGUCGUCUCGCUCGCCGUGGCGGUGUCAAGCGCAUCUCCGGUCUGAUCUACGAGGAGACCCGCGGAGUGUUGAAGGUGUUUCUGGAGAACGUCAUCCGCGAUGCCGUCACCUACACCGAGCACGCCAAGAGAAAGACCGUGACCGCCAUGGAUGUUGUGUACGCGCUGAAGCGACAGGGACGCACUCUGUACGGCUUCGGAGGUUAAACUUCUUCGUUGUAGUGAAUGGACCCAACGGCUCUUUUAAGAGCCACCCACGUUUUCAUAAAAAAAGAGUAUGUUUUAAAUUAUGUUGGCUAUUAUUUUAGUAGCCAUACCUCGACUACGCAGUCUGGAAAAGUAUGGGAUUUGAGUAAUUUCCAGGUCUUGAUAAGUAGUGCUGUUCCUAUUGUGGUUUUUAUAAAAUAAAGCGUUUCAAAACAAGCAGUGUUUUCAUGAUGAAAGGUUAGUGAUUGUCAAACACGACUGAAUGAAUUCAUACAGGUUUCAAAAGUGUUGUAAGUGUAUCAUCGUGCGAGUACAUGUUUUCACCAAUGGGAAGAAAAUGAAAUAAAAAUAACAGUAUUUA